CCAAGAACACUAUUAUUAAAGACCAAGAGAAAAAGAUAAAUGAGUUAGAAAGAAAAACAUUGGAAUUAUUGUCUCGUAAUAUGGUUAUCCAUGAGGGUAAUGCCAUUCGUUUAACCCAAACCAGCCAAGACCAAGCCCGAGAAAUAGAAAGGUUAAGGUUAGACAACAAUCGUUUAAGACAAAAUAGGGAUUACUAUCGAACUAAAAGGGACGAGAUUAAAAGUGAAAAAGAUGAGGUGGAAACUGGGGUAAAUGAGCUAAUGGAGAUUUUAAAUAAUCUAAAAGAACAAGUAGCACGAUUAAAACAAGAGAACCAACAAUUAAAAAAUAAAACGGAAAACUUAAUGGCAGUUGUCAGGCAGGAAUAA